AAGACCUAGCAGUUGAUCAUUUAUUUCUUCUUGCUAACGUUAUGGUGCAGGAAAAUAUCAUAAUUUUCAUCAUAUUAUUUGGAACUUUUAAAAGUGGAACUAUUGGCCAUAAUUUCACUGUGUGCACUUGGCCCAACAAUGUUUAUAAAAUAAUGAAUACUAGACCAAUAACAAACACCAACUACACGUCUUUCAUUUUUUCUGUCAGAUCAUGUGGCGAAGUCAGAGUAAUGUUAUCAACCAAUACCACUAUACUCCGCCCAAGUUAUCAUGUUGUUAUCGGUCGCGUAUUAUGGGAUGGAUCCGUAGUAUCUCGUAUAACAAGAUGCUACACGUUAGUCUGGUCAGAAUGUGAAAAAACUGAAAUCAGGUCUACCAAUAUCUUAAGUUGUAACGAAGAAAGAAGUUUUUGGAUUUCAUGGAAUAACAUUGUAAUGGUUGGAACAGGAGAGAUUGUAGGCACUGGUGUUAUAAUGACAGCAGAGUACAAAAGUGACAUACCUAUAGAGUUAAUAGGAUUAGAAUCGGAGUCGGUGAACAACAUAACGUGGAGUAUAAAACUAGAUCAAUGUCAGAUCGGUGUGUCAGAAGAGGUGAUGUGUCAUUCGCAAGAUGAUUAUGCAUCAGCAUGUAGUCACACAACAACUGACUCCUCGUCAACAAAACAAGGUACAACUGAGGCCUCCACAACGGACACAAGCUUCAAUACUCCAUCAACUUCGAUUCAAACAACAACAAAAGAAACAACGCCUGAACUCUCCACAACAGACACCAGCUUCAAAUCUCCAUCAACUUCGAUUCAAACAACAACAAAAGAAACAACGCCUGAACUCUCCACAACAGACACCAGCUACAAAUCUCCAUCAACUUCGAUUCAAACAACAACAAAAGAAACAACGCCUGAACUCUCCACAACAGACACCAGCUACAAAUCUCCAUCAACUUCGAUUCAAACAACAACAAAAGAAACAACGCCUGAACUCUCCACAACAACACCAGCUACAAAUCUCCAUCAACUUCGAUUCAAACAACAACAAAAGAAACAACGCCUGAACUCUCCACAACAGACACCAGCUUCAAAUCUCCAUCAACUUCGAUUCAAACAACAACAAAAGAAACAACGCCUGAACUCUCCACAACAGACACCAGCUACAAAUCUCCAUCAACUUCGAUUCAAACAACAACAAAAGAAACAACGCCUGAACUCUCCACAACAGACACCAGCUUCAAAUCUCCAUCAACUUCGAUUCAAACAACAACAAAAGAAACAACGCCUGAACUCUCCACAACAGACACCAGCUUCAAAUCUCCAUCAACUUCGAUUCAAACAACAACAAAAGAAACAACGCCUGAACUCUCCACAACAGACACCAGCUACAAAUCUCCAUCAACUUCGAUUCAAACAACAACAAAAGGAACGACAACUGAGGCCUCCACAACAGACACCAGCUUCAAUACUCCAUCAACUUCGAUUCAAACGACAACAAAAGAAACGACAACUGAGGCCUCCACAUCGGACACCAGCUUCAAUACUCAAUCAACUUCGAUUCAAACAACAACAAAAGGAACGACAACUGAGGCCUUCACAACGGACACCAGCUUCAAUACUCCAUCAACUUCAAUUCAAACAACAACAAAAGGAACGACAACUGAGGCCUCCACAACAGAAAUCAGCUUCAAUUCUCCAUCAACUUCGAUUCAAACAACAACAAAAGGAACGACAACUGAGGCCUCCACAACAGACACCAGCUUCAAUACUCCAUCAACUUCGAUUCAAACAUCAACAAAAGGAACGACAACUGAGGCCUCCACAACAGAUACCAGCUUCAAUUCUCCAUCAACUUCGAUUCAAACAACAACAAAAGAGAUCACAACUGAGGCCUCCACAAAGGACACCAGCUGCAAUACUCCAUCAACUUCGAUUAAAACAACAACAAAAGGAACGACAACAGAGGCCUCAACAACAACAACAACAAAAGAGAUCACAACUGAAGCCUCCUCAACGGACACAAACUUCAAUACUCAAUCAACAACUAUUCAGACAACAACAAAAGGAACUACAACUGAAGCCUCCACAACGGACACAAGCUUUAAUACUCAGUCAACCCCUAUACAGACAACAACAAAAGGAACUACAACCGAAGCCUCCACAACGGACACAAGCUUUAAUACUCAAUCAACAUCUAUUCAGACAACAACAAAAAAAGAUCACAACUGAAGCCUCCUCAACGGACACAAACGUCAAUACUCAAUCAACACCUAUUCAGACAACAACAAAAGAAACUACAACUGAAGCCUCCACAACUGACACAAGCUUUAAUACUCAGUCAACUCCUAUACAGACAACAACAAAAGGAACUACAACCGAAGCCUCCACAACUGACACCAGCUUUAAUACUCAGUCAACUCAUAUUCAGACAACAAAAAAAGGAACUACAACUGAAGCCUCCAAAACGGACACAAGCUUCAAUACUCAAUCAACACCUAUUCAGACAACAACAAAAGGAACUACAACCGAAGCCUCCACAACGGACACAAGCUUUAAUACUCAGUCAACCCCUAUACAGACAACAACAAAACGGACUAAAACUGAAGCCUCCACAACGGACACAAACUUUAAUACUCAAUCAACACCUAUUCAGACAACAACAAAAGGAACUACAACCGAAGCCUCCUCAACGGACACAAACGUCAAUACUCAAUCAACACCUAUUCAGACAACAACAAAAGAAACUACAAUUGAAGCCUCCACAACUGACACAAGCUUUAAUAAUCAGUCAACUCCUAUACAGACAACAACAAAAGGAACUACAACUGAAGCCUCAACAACGGACACAAACUUAAAUACUCAAUCAACUCCUAUUCAGACAACAACAAAAGGAACUACAACUGAAGCCUCAACAACGGACACAAACUUAAAUACUCAGUCAACUCCUAUUCAGACAACAAAUAAAGAGAUAACAACUGAAGCUUCCACAACGGACACAAGCUUCAAUACUCAAUCAACUCCUAUUCAGACAACAACAAAAAGAACUACAACCGAAGCCUCCACAACGGACACAAGCUUUAAUACUCAGUCAACCCCUAUACAGACAACAACAAAACGGACUAAAACUGAAGCCUCCACAACGGACACAAACUUUAAUACUCAAUCAACACCUAUUCAGACAACAACAAAAGGAACUACAACCGAAGCCUCCUCAACGGACACAAACGUCAAUACUCAAUCAACACCUAUUCAGACAACAACAAAAGAAACUACAAUUGAAGCCUCCACAACUGACACAAGCUUUAAUACUCAGUCAACUCCUAUACAGACAACAACAAAAGGAACUACAACCGAAGCCUCCACAACUGACACCAGCUUUAAUACUCAGUCAACUCAUAUUCAGACAACAACUAAAGGAACUACAACUGAAGCCUCCAAAACGGACACAAGCUUCAAUACUCAAUCAACACCUAUUCAGACAACAACAAAAGGAACUACAACCGAAGCCUCCACAACGGACACAAGCUUUAAUACUCAGUCAACCCCUAUACAGACAACAACAAAACGGACUAAAACUGAAGCCUCCACAACGGACACAAACUUUAAUACUCAAUCAACACCUAUUCAGACAACAACAAAAGGAACUACAACCGAAGCCUCCACAACGGACACAAGCUUUAAUACUCAAUCAACUCCUAUUCAGACAACAACAAAAGGAACUACAACUGAAGCCUCCACAACGGACACAAGCUUUAAUACUCAAUCAACUCCUAUUCAGACAACAACAAAAGGAACUACAACUGAAGCCUCAACAACGGACACAAACUUAAAUACUCAAUCAACUCCUAUUCAGACAACAACAAAAGGAACUACAACUGAAGCCUCAACAACGGACACAAACUUAAAUACUCAGUCAACUCCUAUUCAGACAACAAAUAAAGAGAUAACAACUGAAGCUUCCACAACGGACACAAGCUUCAAUACUCAAUCAACUCCUAUUCAGACAACAACAAAACGGACUAAAACUGAAGCCUCCACAACGGACACAAAUAUCAAUACUAAAUCAACACAUAUUGAAACAUCAACAAAACAAGGCACAACUGAAGCCUUCACAACAGACACAAGCUUCAAUACUAAAUUAACUUCUAUUCAGACAACAACAAAAGGAACUACAACUGAAGCCUCCACAAUGGACACAAAUAUCAAUACUAAAUCAACUCAUAUUGAAACACCAACAAAACAAGGCACAACUGAAGCCCACACUACAAAGACCGACUUGAAAACGCAAUCAACUCAUUUUAAGACAACGACAAUUGACUCAUCAACACCAUACACAAGCUUUAUUAGUCAACCAGUACCAGGUGUGCUAUCAACGAGUCAUUAUAACGCAGGUAGUAGUAAUAUAACGACAGGCUAUAGCUGUUUGUGUCCUUGUAUACCAUAUAACUCAACACAUGCACAUCUCGAUUCUAUGCAAGAAUAUUUGACCAUUUUAAAGGAAGCAAUUGCUAUCGAUCCAAAAGAGACCAGUAUGUUCAGGGCUGGGAAAGUAUCAGCAAAUGACGAUAGAACAUCUUCAAAGUACAUUGGUUUUGUUGGAGUUUUAGUUAUGUGUUUGGUACUCGGAUGUCUUUUACUUUCGGAUAUAUCAGGCCAUUUUAUUCGAACAAAGGCUUCCCAUUCAAAAAGUUGAAAAUUGACAAUUGUUUUGUUUUAAUUUAUAGAGUUGGUAUUUAGACUUCAAAAAUAAAUAAUGUUAUGAAAAGUUUCAAGUUUCAACGUUAUGCAGUUUGCAAUGACACGUUUUGUAAGUUCGAACUAUCCAAGGAGACAUAAGACUGAGUAUAAUUCUGUGCAUGACAAAAUUUACAUCAUGAGGGCUGGGGCUUUUAUGGAUUGAUUAUUACUGGACAGUCUCUUUAUACAGUGGAGUCUUUUGAUGACGAAACGAGCGUCUAACGGGCAAAAUUCUAAUCCUGGUAUCUAUGUAGGUAAAUCCGAAGUUUUCUAAAUCUAUUUGGAACUAUCUUAAGUGUGUCAUCGGUAACUUGUUGAUUUUACAUGUACAUUCUGUUUCAAACAAUUUAGUAUACAUAUUCGAAAGUAAAAAGUAAAAUAAAAAAAAACUAUGAGGGAAAUUCAAAACAGAAUGUCCCUAAUUAUAUAAUUUAUAACCAAUUCGCAAAAUUUAAAUACAAACCUACAAAAUUCAUGUUUUGAACUACAUGCCUCCAAUUCUGUCACUUAUAUCAAUGUAUAUAUUUAUAAGCAUAUGUGAUAAUAAAAUUGCCAUUGAGACAAUAACACAACAGAUUCCAUUGGCGUUGAUUUACGAAAUAAAAGGUAUAAAUAA